AUGGCAAUUCUAUAUGCUUUUCAAAUUGUAUUAUUAUUAUUAUUAUUAUUAUUAUUAUUAUUAUUAUUAUUAUUAUUAUUAUUAAUUUUGGCGACAAGUAUGAAUGAAAACCUUUUUAUCUUUUUUUUUUUUUUUCGUUCAACCGGUGAGAUUGAGGGUUUUGUUUUUGUGUUUUUAGAGCUUGGGAUGUCACAGCGGGGUAUAUAUGUGCGAAUAUUUUUUACAUUGGUGUUACUGUUUUGCUCAUGGGGGAUGCUAUUACAGAUGGCAAUGGUUAUACGUGGGGUUACUGUUAACAUACGCAUUGCAAGGGAAUUUUCCUCAGUGGCAUUGGGUAUCGCAGCUCACGCCGUUCUUCUUCUAUCUGAAAAUUCGCGAUGGAUUGGAGCUUCAGGUGAAAUGCAGAGGAAAAAUCAUUGGAAAUUUUUUCUUAUACCGUUUACAGUUAUUCUGGCGCUUCACUUUUUGGUCCACCUAAUGAUUUCCGCCCACCACCGUCAGACGCAAGAAAUCAUGUUGCUGCUUUCACGUUUUUUGGCUGAUUUCAUCAUGUUUUUUUGUGGCUGCGCAGUUUUAUUGGGGCUGAAUUGUCGAGGUUUUCCGUAUUUUUGGAGUUCAAAAGUUCAUAAAAAAAAUGUUGAGUCUAUUCUUUGUGGCUUGCCGUUUUGGCGGAUGCGCAUUGCUAUGACAUGUGGGUGCUUGAUGAUUAUGUUUUUUUUGCUAAUUGCUCCCUCGUUUUUUAAAGGCGACGCAAAGCGCUUCCUGGAAGUUGGUAUGCUGGGGGACCGUGUAGACUUUUGUGGACUUGAAGGUCUGCAGUUGUCGAGUACUGCCGCCACAGGAUGGGUUCUUCCAGAAUACUUUCAUCGAAGGCUGCUUAAUGCUUUUACUGGCAGUGAUCAAUGUGGGAAUAACAGGAUCUCCUUUCUUGGCGAAGAAGAGGGGGUCUUGAUUGUAUCUCCUAUAUGUCCAGAUGGAAAUGAGCAACCGACUGUGUACAUUGAACGUCCGGAGCGAAGUGAAUUGAAUGGAGGGACAGAAGUUCUCCCCAAGGUGCUUAAGAUGAGCCAACUAUGGCAUCAAACUCUAGAGAAGCGUUAUGGUAAGAACAAGACAGUUCACGAAUCUAUGGGUGUUCUAGUUAAACGUGACUCAAAGGGAGUGAUUAAAUCUGUGGAAGUUAUUCCUUCUUCUCUCAUUCCGGUCCUACGGAAGCCUCGGAGUGAUCGUGAAAGAAUUGCACGUGAAGGUUGGUUGUCGAAAAAAGUUUGGGUUGUUCCAUUGGGGGAGAGUGGAGCCUACAGUAUUUAUUGCCCUUCUUCAGACUAUGAGGAAUAUCAUAUAUUUCCGCCCAUCCGACAUUCCAAGAGAGUUGAACAUAAUUUGACGAGAAGGGAGGUAAAGAACGGAGUUAUUCCCCCAGCCAGCGUUCUUGUUUUGGUGUUGGAUGCCGUGAGCCGUCAGGAGGUACGGCGCUCUCUACCAAAAUUCAGCAAUUGGCUCCGUAACUUCCGGAACAAUGAGUCAAAAAAACACGUCUUUGUGGAGGCGCAGGGCGCCACAACACUGGCUCACAGCACGGUCGGAAACCUUGUGCCACUUUUUACAGGCAAUAUUGCAGGCAUGAUGAAGCACAGAAAUCAUGAGAUUAUGGAAUCAAAUCUCUUUCGGUUAGCAAAAAAAAAGUAUGGCAGUCGGCUUGUUACUUCCUAUACGAUAGGAGACUGUCUUGAUGUGAUGUUUUCGCUAUUUGGUGAGGAAACAAACAGUGCUGGGUUUGGAGAGCCGUAUGGUAAUGAUUUAGACUAUCACACAUUUGGGCCUUUUUGUCACAUCCAAUAUUCGGCGCUUGAGGGAAAUUUUCAAGGGGCCAACAGUAUCUUGAGACGAUGUAUAGGUCAGCAAUAUGUGCAUGAGUAUGUGUUAAAUUAUACGAUAUCUCUUUUGGGACGACCGUUAAGAAGACGACGACGAGAAAAACGACAUCCAAAAGGUAAUCUGUCGCAAAAUGCUUCUUUAGCCCUGCAGGAUGAUGCAUUCCACUUUUUUCAUGUACUGCACCUUGUUGAAGGUCACGAGGGUUCCCAUGGUGUGAUUUACCUCGUUGAUAAUGCACUUACCGCUUUUCUUGAAGAGCUUCGGGUGGGCCUAGGCUUUUUUGACGAUCCUUCCAAUGUGCUUUUGAUGCUUUCUGACCACGGAAAUCAUAUGGGUCCUUACUAUGAAUUAACCGCACCCGGGAAGUUGGAACGGGCUCUGCCGUUCGUGGGAAUGAUUUUUCAUCGUGAGUUGUUGGCCGGCAUUGAUCAAAUGAAGGGAUACAAGGCGGGAUUAUCACUUAAGAACUUGAUGAAGCGAACGCGCCGCAUCUCGACCACAUUGGAUCUCUACAUGACUCUUUGUGACUUGUUGGAUGUGGAGGGGAAAGACCCCAAAAAGGAUUUGGGUUUGGAUGCUUUGCCGUUAUCUUUUUUUGAUGCACCUGAAAUCCCUUCUAGUUUUGAGAGAUGUCGCGAUAUUGGGGCCCUAGAUGACAAGAAUUCUGGAUGCUACCUUAUGUGGUGCGAAAGGAAAACUAAAUAA